CGUGUUGGGAGUUGGUACUGAGGGUUUACUCAUCUUUGGAGCUCGCCGUCACCGAUUUGUUUCGAUUCAUCUGCAGAUACACCGUUUCGUUGCCAGAAUACAGAACGCCGAGCAAUUUGCGACCGGAAUUUGCAGAAAAUGGAAGGUGGAGACGAUGGUGUCGAGAGGCUUGUAGAUUCCAAGGAUAUGCAGCAACAAAGCAAGGCCUUCGAUAAGCUCACUGAUCGCGUCGAGGACCGUCAACUCGAUUCCACUCGUGUGCAAGAGGCAAUGGCAUCAAUUGCCGCAUCGGCGGAAGCCGAUUGGAAUGCUAUGAUGUUGAGAGAGAAAGAACUAGCUGCUGUCAAGAUAAAUGCAGCUGAUCUUGACAUAAUUGCUAACGAACUCGAGUUGGACAAGAAGGUUGCUGAGAGAACAUUGCGAGAGCACAAAGGCGAUGCUGUUGCUGCUAUACGGUAUUUACUGCACUAAGCGGGACUUUUGAGAGGGCCUGUGUGUGUAUUCACUACUUGGAAGUGUUACUGGGAAAACUUUUCAGAGUGCACAAGUGAGAAUGAUAAACAUAUACCAUUUGUAACUCCAAAUUACUUUAUGGGAAACUUUGACAAUUGUUUCUUAUCUCGAUCGCCACUCGGCACAUCGUUAUGGGCUCAAGGGAGGAGGCUUCAUUUGCUGGAAAAUAUUGGUAAACGUCUCAAUGUGGUCACGGGGUUGGUACAUGCUCCAUAAAUAGUUCCUUUUGAGAUGAAAAGACCUUUAAGAAUUGAUGACUUGGCCUGAUCUUUGCCGUCAUAUUCAAACUUUUGAAGUUAGGAAUUGAAUAGAAAUUGAAGUGUUUGAUCUCUUUUGCUU